GUUAAAUUCAGACGGGAGAGUUUAAUUUUGGCUACUCUGGAAUGAUUGUACUUCUUGCGUCAGUUUGGAUCGAUUUAUAAAUUUAUUUUACCAGCAUAAAAUAGCCCAAACAAUCGAAAUUAUGUUUUUAUUCUUUUGACUUCAUGGCCUGAAUCAAGGCUCAAGCUCUCAUCAUGAGUUAUAACAUCAUGUCGUCAUGACUCAAAAAGGCAUAACCCUAGUAUGAGUAUUAGUAUUAUUUAAUUAUUAGUAUUAAGUAAUUUAGAAGCUAGAUAGUAGUGGUAGGUACGGUAGCAUUACAAUUACGACACUUAAUUACUAAUUAUGCUUACUUACAGUCAAGUUAUUAGUACUUACUAUAUCAUGUUUAAUACUAAAAGUAAUAACUAAGAACUACUGAAACUAAGUUUGGAACUUGAAUUAGACACCAAAUUGAAAACAAUGUCAAUAUUACUAACGAAUUAGUCAGUUGAUCUUAAAUGUUUAGUCUUCUCUCCCAUUCAGUGUAAGUUAACCUAGGAAGGCCAGUGCUUGGUCAGCUUGAACUGUAAUAUUGCCCAUUCACAUUCCAUUAGCCUAAUUAAAUUAGAGUAUAAUUACUUGAAAGCAGAAUAAAAUAAUGCUUGAACUUGAAGCUGAGUUAUGAAAGAAUACAAUGAAACAUUUUAUUUGGAGUCUAACUUACUCUACACUUUUUUUAAAUUUUAUAAACUUUUUCUUGCAACGAAUUUCAAAAAUACUUAAUAAUAUCAUAUUAUUAAUUUUAAUAAAGUUAAGUUCAAGUAUAAGAACCAACGCUGGUAGCCUACAAUUUAUAAAAUGCCACAUCUCCCAUUUCCCCAUUAAAAAUAAAAAAUGAUUGAACAAAAAAAAUAUGGUAAGCUAAUUUAUUACAAAAUAACAGAUAUUUGUUAUUAUAAGUAUUUUUUUACAGAAGGUAAAGAUGUAGUUGACAAGUUGAUUUGUCAUACUGGUUUGGAAUAAAUAUAUCUAAGACCUUAUUUUUAACAUGAGAAGGAUAAAAUAUGAUGUUAGAUGCCUUUUCCCAAAUUAAAAUGGAUAAUUAAGGCAGUUUUUUUUAAAAACCUGUAGUGAUAAGAACUUUGAAAAUAUUUACAUAAUUUAUUAUCUUCUGGAAAUUCUUUUAAUUGUUACCCUGAGAGAUACCCAGAAUGUCAAGAAUGUUUAUAGCAUGGAGUAGCAAAAACGUUUUUAUUUUAUAACAGUAUCAAUAGUUUUCAUCCCUUUAAUAUUAGAUAAGACUUAUCGAGAAUUCACAUUGACAGCUGGGUGACAUCUUCGGCGUUAGUUAAGACAUACCUAUUUGAGGGGCAUUGAGAUUAAGUCAUUGGAGAAAAGUUUUGGCUGUCUCUGGUUCAAAUCUUUGCAACACCAAGUUUAACAUCUCUUCACCUGUGCUUGAGAUAAGCCUGUUGCCCGAGUAGCUGAUCAGAGCAAAAAUAGCUGGCAAAAAUAGCUGGCAAAAAUAGGAAAUUAUUGGCCAUAUUGCCACAAAGCAUCCAAAAUAGUGUGAUCAACUAAACAGUGUUAAAAUUAUAAUAUUACCUAUAGCUAGUCACCAGAUAAUUGUAAUAGCCCUUAAUUUGGGCCAAAUUCAAAUGCUUUUAUAAUGAUUAUUUCUGUCAUCUUACAGAUUUUUUUUCUGUAAACCAUAAGAUAACUGGUAUGAAUACAGAUAAUGGGACAUCAACAUAAUUAUAUUUCACUUAAAUGUGGUUUCUGUAUUCCCACUUCAGUGUUUGAAGUUUUCUAUUCAGUAUUGACCUCCUCAAAAAUAAUAGUUGCCCUUCUUCUAUCCCAUCUGGCUAUCUCUGCUGUAUGUUUGAAAUUUACCGUUGCAAAGGAAAAUAGCUAUAACUUAUAAGAGUUGUUUAGUUGGGCAAUUUUACUUAGUACUACCAAACUAGAACAUACUUUAUAUGGGUAUUAAUGCAUUCUUAUUUUUGUGAUCAUUCCAGCCUAGAACACAAUGGAGGUGUUGGUAAAGUUGAUGAUUGUCUCUGCCCUGUCUGUGCAAGUUUUACAAGCUGAUUCAGACAUUUGCACAACUACAUGUUCCCAAGGAACAAAAUGUAAGGAUGAUGGAUGCCUUCCAUGUCCACCAAAGUAAGCAGAUACUAGAUAAGCAGAUACUAGAUAAGCAGAUACUAGAUAAGCAGAUACUAGAUACACAUCAACUAAUGUCAUCUGAUCUUGAGUUUCUCUAUACUAAUUGCAUAAACCUAUGUCGUUAACUUACCACAGACGUACAUUAUACAUGUUUGGAUGUUUGAGAAAUAUUGAGAUGGGAUAAUUUAGUGAUUACACUGACUAAUGUUAGUUUUGCCAGAGAUUUGCAAACUCUGGUUUGAAAAAACAAUGGUUUGAAAGGAUAUAUACAGGAAAAAAACAAAUCCCUUCAUACAUGAUAACUUGAUGAUGAAAAAAUGAUUUGUUAAACAUCUAAGUUAAGUUAUAUGUAAACAUCACCCACCUGUACACCUACACGUAUGCAUGAACUAGCUGCUACAGCUACACAUCAUAGUCUAGCUGGUUCAGCUACACAUCAUAGUCUAGCUAGUUCAGCUUCACAUCAUCAUCUAGUUGCUUUAGCAGACCUGUUUACCCUCAAACUCUUAAAAUCGUACAAUAUCAUCACGAAUGCGUUCAAUACAUUAUUUUAAUAGUAAAAAAUAAAUACAGUAUAUCAAAUGUAUACACCUCAAAAUCGUACAUUGUACGCCAAAAUCAUAAGAGUAAACAGGUCUGCUUCAGCUACACAUGAUCAACUAGCUGCUUCAGCUACACAUCAUAGUCUAGCUGGUUUAGCCACACAUCAUCAUCUUGCUGGUUCAGCUAGAUUUUAACAUCACCUAGCUGUGCAGCUACACAUCAUCAACUGGCUAGUACAGCCACAUGUAAACGUCAACUAGCUGGUACAUUUUCUAGCAUACAUCAGGGUAGAUGGCACAGUACACAUUUGCACCUUAUGCAGCAAUUAGCUAGUAUUGAUAUCCUUCCUGUCAAAACCAAUCAGCUGGUACAGUUUCAUAAAUACAACAAAAAGCUUUCAUAAUUAAGUGUAGCUCAUAACAUAAAAGCAUGAGUAAGUAAAGGAACUAUGAAUACACUGUGCCAAAUAUAUAAUCAAGGAAUUACAUUUACCCAACUGUAUAUAUUUGUGGCACACUGUUCCAAAAAAAUUGCUCCUAUGAGCACAUUUUUAUGGCAUACUGUUCCAAGAACAUUGCUCAUGUGAGCACAUUUUCGUGGCAUAUUGUUCACUAUUGUUUAUUUCAAUAUCAUUUAAAUUGUUGCGAUGUUUUGGAUUGAAUUCAUUCCUAUCACUAUAUUAUGGUGUCCUUGUUUUCUUCUCCUGCAGUUCCUACCAAAAUAAGACAAGACACAGAGAAACCUUUUGUAAGCCGUGGACAAUGGUGACAGACUAUGGCUGGGUGAUCAAACGUAAUGGCUCAGCCAUCGAGGACAUCCAGUGGCGAUGUGGUGACCAGUACAAGAUGGUUGAGUACACUCCAGGGUCUUAUGAAUGUCGUGAUAUUAUAACCUCAACAACAACCGCCACAACAACCACAGCAGCAGCCCCGAAUAUAAGUGUGAGCACAGUUGGCUCGACACCUACAACGGCAACAACUGUUAAUGAUAAGACAAGUCCCUCAGGAGAUGACCUCACAUAUGUAUAUGUUAUUAUAAUUCCGAUUUUGUUAAUUUUGGCUAUUGCAGCUGUUUUAUAUGUGGUGCUCAAACGUAAGUUGUGUUUCUCCCACGUUCGGAGACGGGAAUUGACAAAAUUAGAGCAGAAUAAUGGUAAUAAUGAACUUAAUAAAGGUCUUUUAGCACUUGUGAAUGGACGUGAUGAAUUAGACACAGGCUAUAUUGCACCUGAACUUCGCCAGUUGUUUGAUAAGGUUAUCAAUAUCAUUGGGAUACGCGACUGUCAAGAAUUUCUAGAUGGGCUAAAUGACGCUCGUCUGCUCACAUCACCGGGCACUGUUAAGAAUCUAAAGGGUUUUUAUAUGGGCCAACUUUCACUUUGGGUCACAUUGAACCCAGAACUUAAUCAUGCACAUAGAGUUCGUGCUUCACUUGACAGCAUAGGAUAUAAACUGCCACCGGAACCUGAGGUGUUGCAGGACACAGCAGCAGACAUUACAGGGCAGAGAGAGGAAGACAUUACAAGCCAGGGAGCGGAAAACAUUACAAGGCUGAGAGAGGAAGACAUUGCAAGGCAGAGAAAGGAAGACAUUGCAAGGCAGAGAAAGGAAGACAUUGCAAGGCUGAUGAAAAGCCUGGAGAAAGCUGAGCGUUUAAACCGUGCCUUUGAAAGACUUUUAUUGUGUCUAGUGGAAGACUUGGGCACUGCUGAUGGAAAUUCUAUAUUGGCAAGUUUUGGUUUGACAAAGGACAUGGAAUUCAGGGAAGCAGAAGGAAAAGAUUUUAAAAAUAAUGUUUGUGCAGCUCUUCUUCAUUGGAGCUAUUCAUAUCCAUGCACAAAAUCAGAUGCUGGCAAUCAAUGGUUUCCUUUGGAUGAGUUGAAAAGUACUUUGGGACGUUAUAAAAGAAAUGACAUUUUAAAAGAAAUGAACGAUUCCGCAAAUGUUGACUACAAUGAUAGUACAUUAAGAGACUUAAUUAGAAAUUACUUCAACCCAGGAGAAGAUGAGACAGUUCUAUGACAACAGAUGUCAGCUGUAGCAGUUCUAUAACAACAGAUGUCAACUGUAGCAAUUCUUUGACAACAGAUGUCAACUGUAGCAGUUCUAUGACAACAGAUGUCAACGGUAGCAGUUCUAUGACAACAGAUGUCAACUGUAGCAGUUCUAUAACAAUGAGACCAUGACUUUAAUGUCAAAAAAUAACCAAUAAUGCAAUGAGACUAUGACUGUAAUGUCAACAAACAACCAAUGCUGCAAUGAGACUAUGACUCUAAUGUCAAAAAACAACCAAUACUGCAAUGAGACUAUGUAUAUAUAUGGCAUCCUUCCGUCCUCGUGAGACGAUGGAGUAGCUAUAUAGUUCUACACUUUGUCGAGUGGCUCACUAGGCCAAUCCUAGAAUGGCAAUCACGGCCGCAUCUCGCGAAGGAGAAGAUUGAGUCCCGGUAAAUUCUUGAUUUCCGAAUUGUUCUUUUUGAUUCAAAGGCCUCGUUUCGAGUAUCUUCUGCCUUUUUUACUCCUUCAAACACUGCUGUUCGCCAGUUGGAGCGAUGUUCGGCAAUGAGCUCCCACUCGUUUGUUUCAAUUAUUGGCUUCCCUCAUGCUUCGUUUGCAAACGUCAAUAAAUCUCAGGCGUGGCCGUCCAAUAUGUCUUGUCCCCUCUGCCAACUCUCCAUACAGCAGCAUCUUUGGGAUACGUCCUUUCUCCAUUCUCCGUACAUGACCUAACCAGCGAAGGCGUCUCUUGAUAAGAAAGGAGAAUAUGCUAAACAUGUGUGCACGUUCCAAAACCUCCACGUUAGGCACCUUGUCCUGCCAACGAAUGCGCAAAAUGCUACGCAAACAUCUUUGAUGGAAGCUGUUGAGUUUCUGCUCCUGACUGGUAUAUGUGGUCCACACUUCGCUACCAUAUAGCAGCUUAGCACGCAUGCCUGAUAGACACUUAUUUUUGUUUUAUUAGUUAGAUUGAGAUUAUUCCACACCCGCUUAUUCAGUUUAGUCAUAGUUGCUGCUGCUUUUGCAAUCCUGAU